AGUCUGCCAAGGCUUCCACUACAGGUGCUGUUCGAAAACGUUGUUGCUUCUCAUUACCUUCAGUUGCCGAGGAUUUGACUUACUCUAAGACGCGACAUUGCUGCUAGUGACCACGAACUCAGACUGUUGACUUCAUGGCGGAUCCCUUGAUCAGCGAUGACUCUGACGCACCGGAGGAGGUGACCUUGCAUCAGGGUCGGGAGGAAGCGAAGACGUCGCGGAGGAAGGAGACAGAGAACAAGAAAAGAUUAGGUACAGAAUUGAAAGAGAAGCGCAAGGCCCGAGAAGAGAAAAGGAAGAAGGAGCGACGCUUAGACGUUGAUCAGGACACUGACUCAAAAGGGGAUAGUGAGAUAGUUACUUUGCCGGAAAAGAAAAGAAGUCGCACAAGGAAAGGGAAGCAAUCUGAUGGAGCGAGUUCUGGUGAGGAAUCGAACGGGCAAGACCUUAGCUCGGUUAUGUUAGACGACAGCGUUGUGGAGUUUCUUAAAGCCAGUGAAAAGCAAGUAGGUAAGGGUGUUGGUCAAGCUAAACAUCAGUAUAUCGAAGAUGAGCCGAAAAUUGACAAGGCUUCAAAGUCGGAUGAUGCGGCUCCCACGGAUAGCAGGGUUCAAAUCAUGUCGCUGAAAGCGAGACCUAAUUCCGCAGCAGUAAAUGCCGCUCUUGAUUUUAGACGGAACCAUUUUUUUGGGUCAAAUGUCAAGCGUUCAACUGCGAUGUUGCCAACUACUUCCAAGCCCAAAGCUUCAGUUUAGUAGGAAUAUGAUGUUAUACUUUUUAGCAGUAGAUUUCCAAUUAGUCUGAAAUUUUAACUUAUACAUCUUUUCGUCUCUCUGGAUCCACUGGAUGGCUGACCCAAUGUAAACUUCGUGGUUGACUACCCUUAUUUUGAAUUGGUCGUGGGUUUGGAUAGUAAUCUAGACGUUAUGAGCUUAAUUAACAUGCUAACAGAUACAGUCGCCGGCGCUGAGGUACUGGACAUUGUAAUGUGUAGAUUGCUCUGCGUUUAUAUUAUUCAACUAAGUUAUAUGUGUAAAACGGCAGAUAAGUUGGGGAAAGUGUUGAUACACAUUAGUAUUUUUAUAAUUUUCCACAUUACUUCUAGAUAGAAUAUUGAUGAUGAGUAGCGAUACUGUCGUGACUAUUUAUAGUGCAGCAGAAUAAAUCUGUUUGUACUUAGAAAAUGGCGUAGUCUAUAUCUGAAGCAAUCGGAGGGUAAAUGUAAAGGUUGGCAUAA